AUGGACACACCUGGUAUUAGAACUAGUAUGGACCCACUUGGUAUUAGUCCUGGUAAGGACCCACCUGGUAUUAGUCCUGGUAUGGACUCACCUGCUAUUAGAACUAGAAUGGAUCCACCUGGUAUUAGUCCUGGUAUGGACCCACCUGGUAUUAGUCCUGGUAUGGACCCACCUGGUACUAGUCCUAGUAUGGACCCACCUGGUAUUAGUUCUAGUAUGGACCCACCUGAUAUUAGUCCUGGUACAGACCCACCUGGUAUUAGUCCUGAUAUGGACCCAUCUGGUAAUGGAACUAGUAUGGACCCACUUGAUAUUAGUCCUAGUAUGAACCCACCUGGUAUUAGUCCUGGUAUGGACUCGCAUGGUAUUAGAACUAGUAUGAAUCCACCUGGUAUUAGUCCUGGUAUGGACCUACCUGGUAGUAGUCGUGGUAUGGACUCACCUGAUAUUAGUCUUAGUAUGGACCCACCUGGUAUUAGUCCUAGUAUGGACCCACCUGGUAUUAAUUCUAGUAUGGACCCACCUGAUAUUAGUUCAAGUAUGGACCAACCUGCUAUUAGUCCAGGUAUGGAUCCACCUGGUAUUAGUUUUGGCAUGGACCCACCAGGUAUUAGUCCUAGUAUGGACCCACCUGGUAUUAGUCCUGGCAUGGACCCACCUGUUAUUAUUCCUGGUACGGACCCAGCUGGUAUUAGAACUAGCAUGGACCCACCUGGUAUUAGUCCUGAUACGGAUCCAUCUGGUAUUAGAACUAGUAUGGAUCCACCUGGUAUUAGUCCUGGUGUGGACCUAUCUGGUAUUAGAAUUAGAAUGGACCCACCUGGUUUUAGUCCUAGUAUGGACCCACCUGGUAUUAGGCCUGGUAUGGACCCAACUGAAAUUAGUCCUGGUAUGGACCCACUUAGUAUUAGUCCUGGUAUGGACCCACCUGGUAUUAGAACUGGUAUGGACCCACCUGGUAUUUGUCCUGGUAUGGACUCACCUGAUAUUAGUCCUAGUAUGGACCCACCUGGUAUUAGUCCUGGUAGGGACCCACCUGAUAUUAGUCCUGGUAUGGACCCACCUGGUAUUAGUCCUGGUAUGGACACACCUGGUAUUAGAACUAGUAUGGACCCACUUGGUAUUAGUCCUAGUAUGGACCCACCUGGUAUUAGUCCUGGUAAGGACUCACCUGGUAUUAGAACUAGUAUGGAUCCACCUGCUAUUAGUCUUGGUAUGGACCCACCUUGUACUAGUCCCAGUAUGGACCUACCUGGUAAUAGUCCUAGUAUGGACCCACCUGGUAUUAUUCCUGGUAUGGACCCACCUGAUAUUAGUCCUGGUACAGACCCACCUGGUAUUAGUCCUGAUACGGACCCAUCUGGUACUGGAACUAGUAUGGAUCCACUUGGUAUUAGUCCUGGUAUGGACUCAACUGGUAUUAGAACUAGUAUGAAUCCACCUGGUAUUAGUCCUGGUAUGGACCCGCCUGGUAUUAAUCCUGGUAUGGACUCACCUGAUAUUAGUCUUAGUAUGGACCCACCUGGUAUUAGUCCUGGUAGUCCUGGUAUGGACCCACCUAGUAUUAGUCCUAGUAUGGACCCACCUGGUAUUAGUUCAAGUAUGGACCCACCUGCUAUUAGUCCAGGUAUGGAUCCACCUGGUAUUAGUUCUGGCAUGGACCCACCAGGUAUUAGUCCUAGUAUGUACCCAACUGGUAUCAGUCCUGGCAUAGACCCACCUGUUAUUAGUCCUGGUAUGGACCCACCUGGUAUUAGAACUAACAUGGACCCACCUGGUAUUAGUCCUGAUACAGAUCCAUCUGAUAUUAGAACUAGAAUGGAUCCAACUGCUAUUAGUCCUGGUAUGGACCCACCUGGGAUUAGUCCUGGUAUGGACAUAUCUGGUAUUAGAACUAGUAUGGACCCACCUGGUUUUAUUCCUAGUAUGGACCCACCUGGUAUCAGUCCUGGUAUGGACCCCAACUGA